AUGAUUUCCAUUCAUAUCCUCCUCUCUCUUCUGCUUGUCCACAUAGCCGCAGCCCAAUCCGGGCAUGCUGUCAAUUCUCAUGGCCAUUCACUCACCAAGCGCGCUGAAUUUACGCCAGGUCCUAAUGGUAUCUGCUAUACCUAUACCAUUCAGAGUGGUGAGACCUGCGCAAAGCUUGCUGAGCGCUACCAAAUAACUACUAGCAAUAUCGAGACUUGGAACACUGGAGCCUGGGCGUGGUCGGGUUGUGCCAAUGUCAAGCAAGGCGAUUUUGUCUGCCUAAGCUCCGGUUCCCUUCCUAUGCCGGUUGCUCUCCCACAUGCUACCUGCGGUCCUCAGGUUCCCGGAACCAGACGCCCUGACAAAUAUUCAGAUCUCGGCUCUCUAAACCCAUGUCCUUCAAACCAAUGCUGUGGUCCGUUGGGUACAUGUGGUACUAGCUCGAGUUUUUGCGAGGCAGGCAAAGGGUGUAUCUCAAACUGCGGGGUGAAGAGUGUAGCAAAGGAAACUACCACCAAAGAAGCUACUUCGAUGGUUACGUCAAAAACGACCGUCGCAAAAGCCACUUCAAAGGCCAAUUCAAAAGUCACUUCAAAAACCACUUCAAAAACUUCUGUUUCCACGACUACUGCUCCAAAGACUACUACUGCAACGACCAAGUCAAAGACUACCACUACCACAAAGCCAAAAACCACUGAGAAAGCGAUGGUAACCAUGACCAGCAUAAAGGUGAUCUACACAUCAACCACCAGCAGCCUCGACCCCCUGGCAACUUGGCAAAUUGCAAUCUACGAGAAUAAAAAAUGCAAAGGCGAUUACUUCUCUGUUCAAGGACACGAGCCAAUGAACAAUCCCGGUUGCUUGGUCUUCAAGGACAAUACAAAGACCGAAAUCUCGGAUACAACCACAUCAUGUCGAUGGUGGACUGAUGAUGGGCUUCACUGGGAUACCUGCUCCACCAGUAAGCUCAUAUCUCCUAAGUCAUGGUUUAUCACAGCAGGCCAGUGUAUUAUGUAUAGGGGCAAGCACUGCAUGGAAGAGGACUAUUUAGGACAGACCUAUGGGGCUUUUAAGGGAUGUCAGUCUGAGAGUACUGGAGCUAUGUCUCCCCAGAGAAAGGGAUACAUGAAAGAUAAUGCAGGGGAUUGGGGUUCAAUGAAGUGCUACUAUACUCCUAAAUGGUAA